AGACGGUACACUCGUUGUGCGCCUAGGCAUGCUUUCAGGAGCAAAGGGCAUUGCGCAAGUUUUGAACUUGCUCGAAAUCAUGGCCAAGACCAUGCCCAAGCCUUAGAAUUUGCCGUCUGGAGGGAGUGCCACGCAUCCGGAGGUGCAGAAGCAGGUCGUGCAGCAUCCAGCUCGGCAUGUCGUCGUGUUCUGGAGACUGGCUGUGCCGUACCGCGGACAGCAUGUCUUGGGAGUGCGUGCGGAUGUCAUGCCAGCCAGUCAGAUGGCUUGCCACGCCCUUCACCGGCCACACGCCCCCUUUCGCCGCCACAACUAUUUGAUUCCCAUCCGCUGGGAACCUCGACCGUAAGAAUCCCAAAGGUUGAGCAGGGAACAAGGGCUCUCGAUUCUCAUGGUUGGGGCCCUGCUCGCUGGCUGCCACGCUCUCGUGGCUGUGGCUCUCUGAGUCUUUGCUUUCUCAACUGCGGUGGUUGA